AUGGCCCCCUCAGCUACCGCUCCCAUGGACGUUGCGUCGAUUUCAGCCCCCGAGAAGGCGGUCGAUGCCAUGGCGGCGAUGGCACACCAGGGAAAGAGACUUCAGGGAAUCCCCAAGUUCUCUUCGCACGCCGAGAGGAGGCAGUGGCAGCUAGAGCACAUGGCCGGAGCCUUCCGUGUCUUUUCGCGCGAGGGCUACACAGAGGGCAUAUCGGGACACAUCAGCGUGCGCGACCCCGAGUUUGAGGACCGGUUCUGGAUCAACCCCCUGGGUGUGCACUUCGGGCUCCUCAAGGCGAGCGACAUGAUCUGCGUCAACCUCGGGGGCGAGGUCGUGGGCGGCAACACCGAGGGCUCCAUCAACGCCGCGGGCUUCCAGAUCCACAGCGCGGUGCACAGGUCUCGCAACGACGUCCACGCCAUAUGCCACACGCACUCGGUCCACGGCCGCGCGUGGUCGGCCUUCGCAAAGCCCCUCGAGAUGAUCAACCAGGACGUCUGCUACUUCUACAAGGCCCACUCGGUGUACUCGAGCUACGGCGGCAUCGCCAACGGGUCGGACGAGGGGGAGAGAAUUGCGCGGAGCCUGGGCGACGGAAAGGCUGUCAUACUCAAGAACCACGGCCUCCUCACCGUCGGGGAGACGGUCGAUGAGGCCGCUUUCCUCUUCUGCCUCAUGGAGCGCAGCUGCAAGGUCCAGCUGCUGGCUGACACGGCUGGGCAUGAGAAGCACAUUGUCAGUGACUCGGAGGCUGCCUACAACUUUGAAAUGGCGAGUACGCCGGAGACUCUGUAUACCGAAUUCCAGCCUCAUUACCAAUAUGAAGAGGCCAUGGCAAAUAUCAGCUUCAAGUCUUGA